AUAAUUUUAAUAUAAAUCUAGAUAAAAUGCUAGUAAGAAGUCAAUAGAAUUGUAAUUUAAACUUUUGCUUUACACACCAUGACCAGUUUAACCAGGAACAUGUAUUCAUUUUUAGCUGGUUAAACUUUGAAAAAAAGGGUUGAAACUCUAGGUCUAUUUGAGAAAUUGCAUGAACCUUUUUCUCCCUAUCUUCCCAAAUACAGAAACCAUCGUUAUGCUUAGUAGAUCCAGUCUUGACAGAUCAACACCAACCCCAAGUCCUUUAAUUACACCAUUAAGUCAAAAUGACGUUUGUUCUCAAAAUGACUCAAAAGUUCCAGCAACUCCCAGAUAUUUAUGUCACGAGAGAUCCUUUGAUCAAAAUGUUCCUUCCACACCUUUUAACAAUAUAGGAUUGCCAAACAGAGCUCCAACACUCUCAAGAGAAACGGAUGUCUCGAAUGUUGCAACAGAUGUUUUGAUGAAUAGUAAUACUUUAAUUGAUUGUAGUAAGACUUUGAUCAAUAACAAUGCUGAUCAACUAGUACCUUCAACACCUGAAAGUUGCACCCAAAAGGAAGAUGCUGAAAAGCAAGAUAUGUCUCCAGUAUUAAGUCAAGAUGUAAUGCCUGUAGUUCCUUUUCAAGACAUGCACAAAAGUUCUCUAAAUAAACUGAAUAAAAGUGAAUUAUUUCUGAACAAAUGUAAGAAUUCCUGCAGAAGAGCUGCUAUCGUAAAAACUAUCCCGAAGUUAAAUGAUUUUAACAGUUCAUUUUCAUCAACCCUUGUCAGUACAUCAUUAGAACAGUCACAUUCAGACAUUUCACGUUCAGGAGUAACAUUUUCUCAACAAAGUUCAUGUUUUCAGCUUGGUUUGUCCAUCCAACAUGGUCCAGCUUCCCAUCAUGAUCUAUCCUCCGAACUUGCUGCACCUUUCCAGCAUAGUCCUUCCUCAACAUUACCAGAAAUUUUGUCUCAAUUACAGUCCACAGUGAUAAACAGAUCUGAGUUGACCAACACCAGGCGUUGCUCAUUUGCUUUUCAGGUUUUACAGUCAUUCAUCAACGAAGAAGAAGUUAUUGAGCAACUUUUUUCUGGAGAUGAUAUAUUCUUGUGAAAACACUUUCAAAAAAUCUGAUGGUAUUUUGUCGUAUUAGAGUAUAUUCUUUAAGAAAAAAUUACUCAUAUUUAUAACAAUAACAAAUACUCUUGUAAAAAAAAAACAUCUGUUUCUAUUUUUUUCUUUAAAAAAAUUGUAGUUUUUGUAAAAAAUUUUAGCAAUCAAAUUUCUGAUGUUGCCUGUUUGGUAAAUAUGAAAAAUACAUGAAUAUAUAGGUGUUGCUUCUGAUUUUGAAAAAUUGAAUUAUAAUGUAGAAAUUUUCACAUUUGUUAAAUAAAAAAUAGAAGAUUGCUAAAAGUGUGUUUUAUGUAAGCAUUUAGCCAAAUUGUUGAACAUAAUAAAGUUGUUUUUUUGUUUUUAAUUUAGAAACUAAUGUUAAGAUGUAAAAUGCAUGGUUUCACAAUUAUGUCAUUUCUGAUCUAUAUUGUUACGAUCCUCUCUUAAUCAGGCCUUCUGUAAACACUGCUAAACACAACACAGCACAUCUAACACAUCAAGAACUUGACGAUAAGGCUCCAAAUAAUCUGGUGCUUUAAUAAUGGUCAAUUAAAACAGCCAAUAUGACACGAUUGGCAAUACAUCAACUGAAAAUGCUAUACUGUACAUCACCGUACCAAACUAAUAAACUC